UGUGAGCAACUUUACUGUGUUUGUACAGCAGCACGUGUUGGGUCACCUGUGGAGCCGCGGCUACCGGGUGUCUAGUCAGAAGUGGGAGGUGGCGGCAGCUGCAUUCACGCACUUGGAGCAUGUUCUGGACCUGGCGACCCGUGGGUCGCUCCCGCCCCCGCUCCCCGCCGGGGAAGCGGCAGCCGCGGCCAAGCACCCGCCCGGCUACCUCAUCAUGCACGACCUGCUAGGCGGCGGCCCCGCCUACGCCGCUCUGCUGCACAUCCUUUCCCCCGGCUACGCCUCCCUCACGGCUCUUCAGAGCCAGAGUGACGAGGUGGGUCCGCGCGAGGAGGCGGUGCUGGCAGGGCUGCGGGUGGUGAAUGCGGCGCUGCGGCUGGACGUGCCGUUUGUGGAGCACCUGGCGCGGAUGAAUGUGAACAACAGGUACCAGCCGCUGCACCAGAAGCUCAUCUCCACGGGGGGUGUACGACAGAUCGCCGUACUGCUGCAGUACGUGUGCUACCCGGACAGCGCGGAAAUCCAGGUGGAGGCGAUCCGGCUGGCGCUGGAGCUGUCGCAGCGGCUGCCCAAUCUGGUGGAAAUGCUGGCGGG